AACAGUUACAAUACACCAACAAUGCACAUAGGCUGGUUAUUUGUAGGCCUACCACCGGUGAAACAUCAAGAAGCUGGCUGAAGGAAAAGCACAACAAACCCCGAUGGACUGAGGAAAUGUUUUAUUGCAAGCCUAACAUCUGCCGGCCGGUGAACAAUGCGACAGUUGUGUUGAGCUAGCACCACUAACACAAUCUCAGUUUUGAAGGCAACACGGUGUAGUUAUAGCCAGAUUAAGCCGUACUGCACCGUAGCUUAUUUUCCUUUUUCUCGAAACUGGCGCCAAAGGUCUCAAUGACAACACUGCACUGGCAGUUCUUGAUGAGGUUAUCCCUUAUCAAUGAAUCAUUGAGUGUAUCUUGAAUUCAGUCCCGGAAGUAGGAUCAGUUCGCCAUCUUGUUCCGAAAACCGCAAUUGUGUGUUUACAAACAUGCUCACCGACUGUUUUGUCAGUAGAAUCUUGGCUACACACAUAACGUAAUUGGACAUGCCAGGGUUGUACUUCUACAGGAAGCGGUUUGUGACAAAAAGUGGGUUGGUGGAUUUAGAUAAAGUGUAUCUGUGACUUUUGCUCUGAAACCAUGGGUGCUUCUGAGUAAAUAUCUUGCUAACAUGGGUGAAAGUUUUCAGGAAUCAUGACUGAUUUUAAGAUUUUCAGUCUUCAUUUUAAUAGUUUUUUUCAUAUGGUCUUGAAAUGAGAAAUUGCAAGCUAGAUUUUCAGAAUUUUCAGUUUUUACAUCUUUCACCCAUGUGCUAGUGACAGAAAACUCAGAGAGCAUGAUAGCACAACCACACUGGGAUGUUUAUGUGGCAAGUAGUGAGGAAGAUGACCACUUGGUGGAGCCUCUGGUGAAUGAAAUACAGAGUCACAGCUAUGUUUGUUUUCGGGCCCACAAGGACAUUAUCCCUGGUCAAAAUGAAAUCCAAGCCCGUGAUGUGGCUAUGAAGGAAGCCAGAAAGGUUCUGCUUUAUUUAACUAACAACUUUUUGAAGGACGGGUGGUGUGAGAUGGAGAGAGGGGUGGCCAUGAUAAAGGCUUACGACAAAAUGGAAAACCCUUCCAAUGAUAUUGUGCUCAUUCCUGUGAUAAAAGAUUUAAACCCCCAUGAAAUACCUGAGACACUGAAGGCCCUAAGAUGCAUUGAUGUGGACAAGGAUGAUAGAUAUAUGGAUAGAAUUAUUGCAGCUCUACAAGAUCCUCAACUCUGCUGGGCAGAAAAUUUUACAGAAUGUCCAAACUGCUCUCGGGCCUGCACCAAGUCGGGCAGUGCCCUUGACCUUCAUAUAUGGUUCAACUGCCAGGAGACACAAGUCUGUUGCCCUACAGGUCACUGCCCCACUGUCCUCAGACGCUCACAGAUGAAGAUACAUGUUCAAAGGCAACAUCGAGGCGAGCACAUUGGAGAGUUGCAUGAAAAUAUCUAUGAAACAUGUACAGCAAGAAUGGCAAAAGGAAAGUUUAGAUAUGAAAGAAAACACAAGAGGGAGUUGUCCUUCAAUACAGGGGAUAUAUUCCAGAUUCUCAAUGAUAGUCAUCAUUUCAAUUGGUGGCUUGUGAAGGACCAUAGAGACCAAAGGGUUGGUUAUGUCCCUAAGAACUUCUUAGAGAUUGAAGAAUGUAGAGUGGUCCCAGCAUUGAGGUACCCUCAAAGACCAGCUCUUCCAGCUCCUGGUUUGCCUACUACACAGCCGUAUGCCAUCACUGAGCUAAGUGUGAUGACUCAACAAAAAGCACAGUCAGUUUCUCCUUCACCAUCUGGAGGCCUGUGUUUAGCUCAGAAUAGUGCAUCAGGCAACUUCUCAUCAUCCCCGGAGGAAAGACUGUCUUCAAGCUACCCAGGCAGAGCGUCUCCCCAAAACUUCUACCUGACUACCAAAGUGUCGAAGACUGUUCUUCCAUCAGUGAUAGAUAAUGGUACCUUGGCAUCAUGGACAAGACAAAUGUCUCACCCACCAAGUAAAUACCAAAGAGUACACAGCAUUUCUGAAUCAGGAAGUGCAGUGGCAGAGAGUAUGGCAGAGUUUGAAGUGGCUCCUCCACCAGAUUUCAGUGUUCAUUUAUCUAACUGUGAUCGCCGUCAAGCAAAGAAAAUAUUGAAGAAACAUGGACAAAAGGGAGCUUACCUUUUGAGACAGAAAAGUAGAGCAGAUAAAGGAGAUCAUGAUGUGUGCUGUGUCCUGUCCGUGUUUUCACCAGUGGGAAAUGAUCACUGGAAACCCAAACACUAUGAAAUUAAGCGGACAGAAGACAAUAUGUAUUGCAUCAGCGAGCACAGAUCAUUUGAGAGUCUUGAACAAUUGGUUUGGUUCUACAAAGGUCAUAGGGAUGGUUUAAACUGUCAGUUGACGGAACCAGUGACGGAUCAGAACUGAUACUUUCCUUCCAUUUUAUUGAUACCAGAUAAUAUUUUUUUACUAUUUAAGUUCUUUUUAAACAAAUUCAUUUCUGUGAUACUUAUCAAAUAAGUGUAUAGAACUAAAUCACACGUUAUAUGUCAUAUGUCAAU